CAACCCUCCUCCUGUCAAAACCUCAUCGCAGAGCGUGCCAGUCGCUGCUGGAAGUUGCACACUGAAGUUAGCGUCUUUGCAUUUGCCAGUAGCAUAACUACAAGCUAACCAUGGCAGGCAAGAGGGCGUUGGUGAUCCUGUCUAAAGGUGCAGAGGAGAUGGAAACAGUCAUCCCCGUGGACAUCAUGCGUAGAGCCGGGAUUGCAGUGACGGUUGCAGGGCUGACGGGCAAAGAGCCAGUCCAGUGCAGCAGAAACGUCGUCAUUUGUCCUGAUGCGAGCCUGGAAGAGGCAAGCACACAGGGCCCGUACGAUGUGGUGCUUCUGCCAGGAGGAAUGCCAGGGGCCCAGAAUCUAGCAGAGUCUGCUGCAGUGAAGCAGGUGCUGAAGGAUCAAGAUGCCAGAAAAGGCCUGAUUGCAGCCAUCUGUGCAGGUCCCACUGCUCUUCUGGCACAUGGCAUCGGGUACGGCAGCACAGUCACUACACAUCCUGCUAUGAAGGAGAAGAUGAUGGCUGGAGACCACUAUAAAUAUUCAGAGGCUCGAGUACAGAAGGAUGGACAUUACAUCACCAGCCGUGGGCCAGGAACCAGCUUUGAGUUUGCCCUGACGAUUGUAGAGGAACUUCUGGGGACUGAGGUUGCAGCUCAAGUCAAGGCUCCUCUUGUUAUGAAAGAUUGAGUGUAGCCGUGUUCACCGACAUCCUGCGAGCAGCACUGCCCGCUGUAGACGUCUUGCACUACUGAGACAGCUAAUCCAACAUAGCUGGCACUAAGAGUCAAAGUCACUAGUGACGAAUCAUUCUCCCUAGGGGACACGAGGAUGUUUCUGUUCAUGUUAUUGUCUUCCUUUAUCUUUUUUGGUUGCCAAUGAGAAACACCCAUUGGUUUUUUUGCAUAUAAAAAUACAAUGUCGAUUCACAGGCUUUCCAAAUUGAGUUAAAUUGAUGUUGUUACAUUGUAGUUUUUCCACAAAUUGCUCAUUACUGUGACAGCUUGAAUUGUUUCCCUUGACAUUAAAACAUCAAUUUGCUGA